UUAAUACAGAGGAAGAAUUGGCUCGAUCUAGCAUUAUCUAGAUCAGCUAGCUGAAGUUUAGAUAGUUGGACAUCACAACACUAAUUUAAUGUUCACAUUUAAAUGUAGGCAAGUUAAAAACAGGGUACUUAGUAUAUUAUUUGGCUGAACUAAAAAAAGAUCCUAUCUAAAUUUUUGCUCUAAACUGGUUGUUGGCUGGGGCGCAAACUGAACAGCCAGUCAUCCAGCUAGCCUUGUGUAGCUAGCUCAGCUGUCAGCUGUUUGUUUUUGUUUAUGUAAAAGUGCUUUCUUUCCCUUUCACACAUGAGUGUUUCGCUGGUCGUCAUCCGUCUGGAAAUAGCCGACCGGUCGCCUCUUCCACAAGGUUUUCAAUACUCUGCUGUUGAAGGCAUGUCAGAGGAGCAGCUUCAGGACAAAACUCUUGGUUUAGCCAAACAUGCACUGAGUGGGAAGAGUGAGUUGGAGAGAGCAGCCAUCCUGCACCAGCACAUGGGCAGCAGAGCCAUGGGGGACAUGGUGAUAGAAACAUAUGAACCAACCUCAGCAGGAGGUGAAGAAUCAACCAGUGCUCUUGAGGACGCACAGACUGAAACUGAGGUUUCCCAGGAAUCCAGCGCCACCCCAAAGACUGCUCCAGACUCGCCCUCCAAGCAGCUCCCAGAACAGAUCUCCUUCUUCAGUGGGAAUCCUUCGGUGGAGAUUGUCCAUGGUAUCAUGCACCUGUACAAGACCAAUAAAAUGACAUCACUCACUGAAGAUGUGAGGCGCAGCGCGAUGGUGUGCAUCCUCACCGUCCCGGCCACUAUGACCAGCCAUGACCUCAUGAAGCUCAUGGGGCCUUUUAACGACGUCAUGGAGCACAUGAAGAUCAUUCGGGACUCCACUCAGAACCAGUACAUGGUUCUGAUUAAGUUCUCUUCCCAGGCAGACGCAGACAGCUUUUACACAGCCUGUAAUGGACGCCAGUUCAACUCCAUUGAGGAAGCGGUGUGCCAGCUGGUCUAUGUGGAGCGAGCAGAGGUUAUAAAGUCGGAGGAUGGAGCCAGCCUGCCGGUGAUGGAGCUGACCGAGCUGCCAAAGUGCACUGUGUGCCUGGAGAGAAUGGAUGAAUCGGUUAACGGCAUCCUCACCACUCUCUGCAACCACAGCUUUCACAGCCAGUGUCUCCAGCGGUGGGAAGAUGCCUCGUGUCCCGUGUGUCGGUACUGUCAGACGCCAGAGCCCGUUGAAGAGAACAAAUGCUUUGAGUGUGGAGUGCAGGAGAACUUGUGGAUCUGUUUGAUCUGCGGACACAUCGGUUGUGGUCGCUACGUCAGUCGGCAUGCCUACAAGCACUUUGAGGAAACUCAGCACACUUACGCCAUGCAGCUCACAAACCACCGUGUGUGGGACUACGCAGGAGAUAACUAUGUGCACCGACUGGUGGCCAGUAAGACCGAUGGGAAGAUGGUGCAGUUUGAGUGUGAAGGAGACACCUGCCAAGAUGAGAAAAUAGAUGCUCUCCAGUUGGAGUACUCAUACCUGCUGACCAGCCAGCUGGAGUCUCAGAGGAUCUACUGGGAGAAUAAGAUCGUUCAUCUGGAGAAAGAGACGGCCGAGGAGAUCAACAACAUGAAGGCUAAAUUUAAGGAGACCCUGGAGCGCUGUGAUAACCUGGAGCAGCGAUUAGGAGAAAUAAGCAAAGAGAAGCAGAGCUUAGAGAAGAAGUGCACUCAGCUCAACAGUCGAGUGAUGAAGCUGAGUCAGGAGCUGAAGGAAGAGCAGGAAAUGAACCGCUGUCUACGAGCCAAUCAGACGCAGCUGCAAACCCAGUUGGCGGAGGAGGAGCGCAAAGGAAAAGAGAGUGGUGACCGAAAGGACGUGGUAAUAACUGAGCUGCAGGAGCAGUUGAGAGACGUGAUGUUUUAUCUGGAGACGCAGCAGAAGAUUGAACAGCUGUCUUCUGAAGCUCGUAGCGAAAUCCAAGAGGGACAGAUUAACAUCCCAGCUAGCCAGACAGACGGCGCGCUGGGCUCAGAUGGAGCAGGCCCCUCCUCAGGUCGGGGCAGGAGAGGACGGGGCAGGAAGAGGAAGUAGGCAGGAUCCCAGAUCUGUCAGAACAUGUUCAAAAUGACUGCAAGUCAACAUGAUGGUAUUUUCCUGCUGGGCUUUGGACUUUGUUGAACUGUGGCUCCUGGGGAGGACACUUGGACAGAACAGCAACAUUAUUUUCAUCUAAAUGUUUGACUGUAAUGUACCCUUUGAAAGGAAAAGUGGAGCAUCUCUAAUAUUUUGUGAUUAUUCAGCUAUUUCCAUAUGGUAGGAGUACUUUAUUUAUCUGAUUAAAUAUAUGUUCAUAGUGUGAAACAAACAGGCAUUGAUACCAAAAAAAAACGUGUGAACAUCACACAUUUUAUUUGGUAUCAAUCCCUGUUUGAUAUAGUUCUCUGAAAUCUAAAAAUGCGACUUCAAGUUGAUGAAUGUGUGCUUUAAACAAAAAAGGUCAAAUUUCUUCCCUUUUUUUUUUUAAAUCACUGGUUUAUUUUUAUUUCGUUUUUUAGUUUUAAAUAUAUUUCAUUCAGAGGUAAGACUCCUCAGCAAGGUAGAAAAAUAUAGACAGAAAAUCACUCAUUUGUUUUACUCCAGCAGAGUGGUUUCAGUGCAGCUUUUUGUCAGAAUCAAGAGGUUUGCAGUAUUUUGUGUUUUACCAUGCAAACUCUCACCCUAAAACUUAAUAUUCAUACGUUUUAAUUGUCAGUAAUCUGCUGUGACGAGCUGUGCAGACAGGACUGCUCAGUUCUGUUCGGGUGGUUUUUGAUCUCCUGUCUACUUCUCUGCCUGACUCAGCUAAUUUUACCUCACAGUGUUGCUUUUUUAUUUUUAGACCAAAGUUUAUUUUAUUCUGUUCUGUGAUGUAACCCUUAUAUGUACCUUUUCAUGGUGAAAAAUCCCCUACAGUUUACAUUUAAAUAUGACCUUGUAGUGUGAAAACUAGAAGGAAGCAAAAAGAUGUGUUUUUGUAUUUACUGUACAAAAAAACACUUAAAUUAUUGCCAUGUAUUGGCUGAAGCAUAAUUUUGGUCAUGGUUUCUGUUUAAUUAUAAAAUACAAAGAUUUUUUUUCUUAAUUUUUCUUUAAGUUUGUUUUGUCCUGUUUGUCUAAAAAGGCAAACAGGAAGUAAAGCUGACAUUUUUUAUUGUUUUACAAAUGUCACAUGUGGGUUGUCAUGUCAGCAGUUCUCCACAUCACCAUCAUGUUCAUGGCUGCCAUUCUCAUAAGAUGGAGUGAGACCUUUGACCUUUACUUGUCCCUUUCUUGCAGAAGAGGUCUCUCUUUAGAGGGAUAGCUGACAUGGCUUUACCCUACCAUGCCAAUAAGAAAAAGCACCCAAAUGAUGCCCUACAGGGCUGUGAAAAAGUAUUUGCUUCCUUACAGAUUUCUUCUGUUAGUGCUUCUUUCCACACCUCAAUGUUUCCGAUCAUUAAACUGAUUUUAGUAUCAGACAUGUCGACACAGCAAAUAUAAUACAGGUUUCAAAUGUUGAUUUCAUUGAUUAGGACAUAAAGCUUAUCCAAACUGCCCUGACCCGUAGUGGAAAAGUAAUUGGCCCUAAACCCAAUAACUAGUUGGGCAUCACUGUGGAGGAAUUUCAGCCCACUCUUCUCUGCAGAAUUGUUUUACUUCAGUCACGUUUUUUCCAAGCGUGCUUUAGGUUAUGUCACAGCUCAAUCAGAUGAAAGUUCAGACUUUGGCUAGGCCACUCCAAAAUCAUUUUAUUAUUAUUUUUUUUGCAGUAAUUCAGAGUUGGACUUGCUCGUGUGCUUUGGAUCAAUGUCCUGUUGCACAACUCAGAUGUGCUUGAGCUUAUGGUUAUAAACUCAUGGCCAGAUGUUCUAUUUCAGGGUUUUCUGAUAUAAAUACAAAUUCAUGAUUUCAGUAAUUACGGCAAGUGAUCCAGGUCCUGAAGAAGAAAAGCAGCCCCAAAACAGAAAAAAAAAACUCCAGAAUUUACUGUGAUCUGCUUCCUUUUACUAUGACUCCAUGUUUAUAAUUGGAAGGCCGGUUGUUCGAAUGAUCCUGCGUGAAGUAGUAAUAAGAAAUUGGGAAACAUUUAAAUGAAAAUGAAAACAGAAGUUAUUUAAGAAUAUAAAAGUGAAGUCAUCAACAUAUCUGCUAAGACCAUUUUUUUCUGUGAAUGGCAAACUAAUAGAGCGUUUUGACAUCACCAAAAGGUUUCCACCAAAUCCAAAAUGUUGUAUGGUAAUUUCAAGGUGUUAUAACUGUUUGCAUGAACUGCUGACGUUUUAGAGACAAUGUGACUUGUUUCAUCAAAAUGAAUAUCCUAAAGCUGCUGUCGUCUUUAUUCUAAUUUUACCGUGUAUGUUGGCGUAGCUAAAAACCUGUUUCAGAUGGGAGCACAAAUGAGAAAUAAAACAUUUUGAGAAA